AUGCUCAGAUGGACGGACUUUGAGCAUAGGAUCAUGAGUAUGGGUUCGAAGCCAACGGAUUAUUUGAACUAUGUGAAGUAUGAAAAGAAUCUUGACAAACUCAGAAAACUGCGGCUUAAGCGUAUGAAGUCUUUUGUUGAUUCCAAGCCUUCCAUAUCUGAUGUCAGUGGACAAAGAAGGAUUUUCUUUAUAUUUGAGAGAGGAGUUCGUAAGUUUCCUAAGAGUAUGGACCUUUGGGCCAACUACUUGAAAUAUGCGAAAAAGAAUGGAUCAGUGAAAGUGGUAUACAAGAUUUAUACCAUGCUUUUACAACAUCAACCUAGAAAUGUUAACGUUUGGCUUAGUGCUGCAAAAUAUGAGUACGAGUCCAAUAAGAACGUGAAAUCUGCUAGGAACUUGUUGAAGAGGUGUCUUCGAUUCAACGGUGAUGAGUUAUUACCAUGGAUGGAAUUUAUCAAGUUUGAGAUGAAUUAUUUGUCAAAGCUUUUGGUUAGGAGGAAGUUGUUGAAUUUGAUCACCGAGAAGCAGCAACAGCAGGAUUUGAAAGAGAACGAAGAAGUUCAUAAGGACGGAUUGGCUGAGGGAGAUGAGGUGGUUUCCUUGGGUAAAGCAGCGGCUGAUGAGGUCAACGAAGCCACUGAAGCUGACGAAUUGAGCAAUCUUCCUGACCUUAACAUGAGCACUCUUGGGUCAAUCGAGGACAACCCUGUACUUCGAGGAGAUUUGAUAAUGACAUUAUAUGAUGUCUGUGUAGCAACUAUGAUCAAGUCGUUACAGGAGGAAAACGACAAGUUUUCCAAGACAUGGGAAAUCUGCACCAAAGUAAUGGCCAUCGUGGAUAAGUUCGAUACUCUAGACAGAGGUUACUUGUGCACUCACAUAGUCAAUGAUCUGAUGGAUAGAUAUCCUUUCAACGAUACAGUAAUAUUUCUGUACCUAACACUACCGUUGAGAUACGUCAGCAUUGAUGACAACGAGUUUGUUUCUACGCUACAGAUAUCUGUUAAACUAUAUCAGUCGUGGACAUAUCGUACCAAGGCCGAAGAGGGAGUUAAGAACAGCAUCAAGAAACAAUAUCUUAACUUCCUAACGGAACGAUAUCUUUCCCAGGCUCAGAAUGACACUAAAGAGCUACUUGGUUUGUUAAUGAAAAAGCUUAAUUAG